GUGUGGACGGACAUAAACCAAAUGCACAUUGACUUCUUUCUCCCUUUAUUCAUUUCCAAAAGCUCUCUCUCUCUCUCUCAAUUUCUCUUUCUUCAACCACAAUUUCUCAUCCUAUUUUUUUCCUGUUCAAGCUUUUCAAUCUUCUUCCCUUAUUCGUCUUCGUUUCGUGGAUCUUUUUAGCUCAUGAAAGCUAGGGUUUAUGGCACAGACUCAAAGAUACGUUCCUAAUCAACAGUUAGAUCUUGAACAGAUACUGCGAGAAGCUCAAUACCGUUGGCUUCGGCCAGCUGAAAUUUGUGAGAUUCUUCGCAACUACCAAAGAUUUCACUUAACCGCAGAGCCGCCUGUUAGGCCACCAGCUGGUUCUCUCCUUCUGUUUGAUCGGAAAGUACUUCGGUAUUUCCGCAAAGAUGGUCACAGGUGGAGGAAGAAAAAAGAUGGGAAAACUGUCAAAGAAGCUCAUGAAAAGUUGAAGGCUGGUAGUGUGGAUGUUCUCCACUGCUACUAUGCCCAUGGGGAGGAUAAUGAAAACUUUCAGCGACGAAGUUAUUGGAUGCUUGAUGGGCAGUUAGAGCACAUUGUUCUUGUGCAUUACAGAGAAGUAAAAGAGGGUUACAAGUCUGGUGUAUCCCGUUUGGUAGCAGACCCAAGAUCUCAGAUUGAAAGCUCUCAAACUAGUUCAACUCGCUCCUUCUCACAAGCAAACUCGCCUUUCCCCACAGUUCAGACUUCUCAUGCCUCAAGCCCGAACAAAGUUGAUUGGAAUGGACAAGCAUUAUCUUCAGAGUUGGAGGAUGCAGAUUCUGGGGAUGGUCCUGGAACCCCAUCUCUUGGUCAACCUAUGUCACAGAAUGCUUCUUCAGUUUCACCUGACAUUGCAGGACUUUCUGAUUUAUCAAGGAAAACUACAGGUUCAUGGUUCACUGGAGUUAAAUGUAAUUAUAGCAGUGGAUCAAAUAUGUGGACUCAAAUUCACAAUUCAAGCACCAAUGCUUCUAAUGUUCUUGACCACAACCAGAAGUUUUAUGUUGAACAACCCAGUGGAACUGACUUCAUAACUCAUAAGCUAACUGAUGCUAGAUUGGAUAGUGAUAGCACUGCCCCAAACAUUGUACCUUGUCGGGAUAGGUUAAUCACUGAUAUAGAUGUCCGUGCAGUUGCAGCAUCUUCUCAGAGAGUAACUCAGGUGCCACAGGAGCGUGAUUUCAAUUUGAGUAAUCACCAGUAUCAGAAUUAUUCUGUCCCUGAGACAACAGGUGGUUCUGUCACUCAAGCUGAAAACAAAUCCAAGGAUCAAUCCGGAGAGCUUAAGAAACUAGACAGUUUUGGAAGAUGGAUGGAUCAAGAAAUUGGUGGAGAUUGUGAUGAUUCUUUGAUGGCUUCUGACUCAGGAAAUUAUUGGAAUACUCUUGAUGCCGGGAAUGAUGACAAGGAAGUAUCCAGUUUAACACGCCAUAUGCAGUUGGAGAUAGAUUCACUGGCCCCUUCUCUUUCCCAGGAACAGCUAUUUAGUAUUUGUGAUUUCUCUCCAGACUGGGCUUAUUCUGGAGUUGAAACAAAGGUUAUAGUUGUGGGCACAUUUCUGGGAAGCAAAAAGCUCUCCAGUGAUACCAAGUGGGGCUGUAUGUUUGGUGAACUUGAAGUUGCUGCUGAAGUGUUGACAGAUAAUGUCAUUCGAUGUCAAGCUCCUUCACAUUCUCCUGGGCGUGUUCCUUUUUAUAUCACUUGCAGUAACAGGUUAGCAUGCAGUGAGGUGAGGGAGUUUGAAUAUCAUGAAAAACCAACCAAGCCUGUAUCUUCUGCAGCUGUGAGAAUUUCACCAGAGGAGGAAGUCUGCUUCCAAACACGUCUUGCAAAGUUGUUGUAUCUGGACCCGGAGAGGAAGUGGUUGGAUUGUACUAUUGAGGAAUGUGAUAGAUGUAAGCUGAAAAAUACCAUAUAUUCGAUGAGAGGCACCAGUGAAAAGUGUUGGGGACAGGGUGAAGAGACUAAUAUGAUCUUUGAAGAUUAUCAGCUAAAUUCUAGUGAUAAGUUGAUUCAGAAUUUGUUAAGGGACAGACUUUGUGAGUGGCUAGUCUGGAAAAUUCAUGAAGAAGGGAAAGGUCCACUUCUUUUAGAUGAUUGUGGACAAGGAGUAAUACACUUGGCAGCUUCUCUUGGUUAUGAAUGGGCUAUGGGCCCAAUAAUUGCUGCUGGUGUUAGUCCCAAUUUCAGAGAUGCAGGUGGAAGAACAGCACUUCACUGGGCUUCAUAUUUUGGGAGAGAGGAAACUGUCAUUGCACUUGUUAGAUUGGGUGCAGCUCCAGGUGCAGUUGAGGAUCCAACACCAGCAUUUCCUGGAGGACAAACUGCUGCUGAUUUAGCAUCAAGUAGGGGACAUAAAGGGAUUGCUGGAUACUUGGCUGAGGCAGAUUUAACUAGUCAUCUUUCUUCAUUGACUGUCAAUGAAAAUGGGAUGGACCAUAUUGCUGCAACUCUUGCCGCAGACAAGGCUACAGCUCAAGUAGGUGUAGAGUCGAAUGGGGCAAUAGCUGAGCAGCUUUCUUUUGCAGCUGUUAGGAAAUCAGCUCAUGCAGCUGCUCUAAUUCAGCAAGCCUUUCGGGCUUAUUCAUUCCGUUAUAGACAAUCAACCAGGAGCCUUAAUGAUGUUUCUGAAGUUUCAGUUGACCUAGUUGCUCUUGGCUCAUUGAAAAAGGUUGAAAAGAUGAAUCAUUUCGAGGAUUAUUUGCAUUCAGCAGCUGUCAAGAUCCAAAAAAAAUAUCGUGGAUGGAAAGGAAGAAAAGAUUUUUUGAAGAUACGGAAUCGUAUAGUAAAAUUACAGGCUCAUGUCAGAGGACAUCAAGUUCGCAAGCAAUAUAAAAAGGUUGUUUGGUCUGUCAGCAUUGUUGAGAAGGCAAUAUUGCGAUGGAGGAGAAAAGGGACUGGUUUGCGAGGAUUUCGGGUUGAAAACAAAACGGCGAACAUGGCACCAGAGAUCGAUAAAACUGAUGAAUAUGAGUUUCUGCGAAUUGGCCGGAGGCAAAAAUAUGCUGGAGUGGAAAAGGCUUUGGAAAGAGUUAAAUCCAUGGUUCGCAACCCAGAGGCGCGUGAUCAGUAUAUGAGACUUGUUAAGAAAUUUGAAACUUUCAAGAUGCUUGACGAAGGAAGUAGUAUACCAUCGAAAAAUGAAACUUGUCCAAACGGUUGAGCUGAGGAUAAAUUGUAUGAAUAUGUAGCUGAUCAAUAAUCUACAUAAUGUAGGUAUGGAACUGAAAUCUGAACUCUGUGCAGUUAACUAGUAUCUAACUUUGGUGGAUUUACUCGAGGAUGGAAGAGAGGGAAGGCUGGGAGAUAUUGUACAUGUACACGUGUCUUUUUUUUAUGUGUAACAUUAGUAAUUUGUUGACCUGAUUGUAUGGUGAAGGAAAUGAGGCUGCAGCCAAGUUGAUUAAUGGUUGUAUUGCCAUAACAAGUUAGCGCUAGUUCUCAUUGUAAGCCUAUUGUUGGUCCUGUAAAAGCUUAUUGCAAUUGUUGCGAUUUCAACAUCCUCUUACAUAUUAAUAACUACUAAUCUGUAUACGGAGAUUUUGACUUGCUUUUUCAA